GGGAAAGCUGUGGACAAGAAAACGUAUCGGCCAACGAAGCUGCCUCUUGGUCCACUAACUGUGAUUGGCAGAUAUAUUUGCAGACAGGUGAACAUGUUCAAGAGCCACCUUCUUUUGUACUACUGGACCGUCUUUCAUGUUUUCGAUUUAUUAGCAGUAUGGACAACUGCUGAAGAUGUCAUUAACAGCACUUUAAAUCAUACAGACCUGUUGAUCGGAUCUGUACCAAUGGUAAUCUCCAGAAUUGACCACAUUAUAGUCAAGGAAGGUUAUAGUGCCUUGAUUGACUGCAACGUUCAAGGUUAUCCAGAACCAGUGUACAAGUGGUACAACUCAAAUGGCCAUUUGGUGAAAGAAGAUGGUGACAGAGCAGGAAAAUGGAUUCUCAAUAGCGGGCAACUAAAUAUUACCAGUGUGUCAUUUGAAGAUCGAGGAAAAUACACAUGUGUUGCGUCUAACAUCUAUGGCAAAGUGAAUAAUACUGUCACUCUAAGGGUUGUAUUUACUGCUGGAGACAUGGGGAUCUACUACAUGAUUGUAUGUCUUGUAGCAUUUACUAUUGUUUUGAUCUUAAAUAUUACUAGACUAUGCAUGAUGAGUAGCCACUUGAAAAAGACUGAGAAAGCUAUCAAUGAAUUUUUUCGGACAGAAGGAGCUGAAAAGCUGCAAAAAGCUUUUGAGAUUGCUAAGCGCAUCCCAAUCAUCACCUCAGCAAAAACUCUUGAGCUUGCCAAAGUAACCCAGUUUAAGACAAUGGAGUUUGCCCGCUACAUUGAGGAACUAGCUAGAAGUGUUCCCCUACCACCUCUUAUAAUUAAUUGUAGGACUAUAAUGGAAGAAAUCAUGGAAGUAGUCAGAUUAGAGGAACAAGGCCAUAAAUUUGUACGGCAAUCAGCUGUGGGGCAAGGGAUCAUGGACCCUGAUGAAAUGUACAUGAUUUCCAGUCCCCUAAAGCGUAGUGACUCUCUUGCUGCUGAUUCGGAUGCAUCUUCUUUGCAUGAACCACCACUCAAGAUUGCUAUAAAAGCCUCAGUUCACCAGUUAACUAAGAAGGACAGUAUUGAUCACCUGACACACGAUAGUGUAGUUUUACAAAUGAAAGAAGAGAAAGAAGUUGCUCAGGUACAGGCACAACCUAGUGACCUGGUCUUGGAACCUUCUACUGAAUUCACCUCAAUUGAGACAAUUGUGGGAAGCGGCAAGGAAACAUGUACUAUUUAUGAAAGCCAUUUAUGAUCAUUUAUCAGCAAAUGCAUAAUAAUAAAAAUAGUGAUACAAUGAGGUGGCAGAGGUGAUAAAUCAAAAAGAUUUUUUUACCAGUAAGCCUUGUCUGAACACUAUAAUUGCAAAAACAAUAUGGAUGGAUUACCUGAUACAUUCUUUCUCAUUAUAUACUGUGCAGUAUAUUUAGCUGAGACAUUUGAUAGAAUAAUUCCUAUGACACUAAUAUUUAAUUGCUCUUUUUGUUCCAGGGAGAUUUUAAUUAAUAUUAUUUUAGCUCACAAAACAGAUAAUGGAUUAGGAUUCUGUUGAUUGCAAGAACAUCUAGAAAUUGUGUUUACCACUUAGAAAUAAGUUCUUAAAAUUCUCAAUCUGAACAUUCCAUUUCAGAGUAGAGCUGUUGAAGUCAGGAGAGCUUUUGUAAGAUCUGUAAUAACAAGAUGCUAUAAUGCUAUAAUAUAACCUAAUGCAUACA